CGUCUUUUCUUUCUUAUUUUUUUUUCCCACCAAAAAACAUAAACAAUUGCUUUCCUCUCAUUUCACUCUUUCUCUCUCCUUGCUCCCUUUCUUUCUCUUCCUUUAUUAAAAACAAAAAAAAAAAAGGAACUUUCAUAUAACCCCUCCUCAUCCCCUACAGUAAUAACUACUCAUGAGCGACUUGGCGUACCUUUCCGCCAUGACUUCAGUGCCUGACGACAUUACAACAACCGCAACCGCCACCUCCACCUCCAGCACUGGUGUAACGCGCCAAGGACAGCAGCACCACUCUUCAUUCAGACGCUCCUUGACCCUAUCCCACGGUGCAGCCGCUUUACUCACAAGAGGCUUCUCGCGAUCUUCGACCCGUGGACGAUCGACGAGUAAUGCUGCAGAGCCCGCAGCCACAAGUGAAGAAGACCGACAACACCGUGAGCGGCACCAACAACAACCGCGACGAGCUACUAUAGCAACGCCAACUACUGAUACUGCUGCCACUACUACACCUGGAGCUGCAGGCGGAGGUCCUUCAUUGCAUGUCCGCAUCGUUCCAAAUAUCGAAAAUCCCAGUCGAUGUAUCAUUUUCGAUAUCGUGGAUCGUGAGAUGAAGGCCGGAUCGGUUAUCAAGAUUGGACGCUUUGCUGAGCGCUCUCCGCUUUCAGUGGACCACAUGUCAUUUAAGAGCAAAGUGGUGUCUAGGUCACAUUGUGAGAUAUGGGUCCAUCAAGAUGGCAAGUUAUACAUAAGGGACACGAGCUCUUCCUCUGGCACCUUUCUCAACCACAUUCGAUUGAGCGGUGCAAAUCAGGAGAGCCCAGCAACUGAAAUUAACCAUGGUGAUAUUGUCCAGCUUGGUGUCGACUAUCAGGGUGGCCAGGAGGAGAUAUAUCGAUCCGUCAAGAUGCGCUUUGAGCUCAACUGCUCGCGCAAGCCCAGACCUCUAUCCUUCAGCAUGUCGCAGUUCAACAACCUUCGCACGCUUUCACGAGUUGCCAGCAAUCAUGGCGAGGCUUCAUCCUUGGUGCUUGUCGACGAAGAAACACAAUCCAAACCAAACAGUGAAGCACUCAAAUGUACUGACAAGCUGUGCAGCAACAGCAACAGCAACAAUAACACUACCAGCGAGACGAACAGCAGCAGGACCAACAGCAACAGCGCUGCUGAACGGGCUGUAACAAAUCACACUCAAAUCAGCACGACGAGUAGUACUACCAGUAGUAAUAACAGUAGUAGCAACAGCAGUGGAGAGGAACUGCCUGAAGUGGAUGAAUGUUGCAUUUGUCUUUACGCGUUGGCUCCUUUCCAGGCCCUGUUCGUUGCCCCAUGUUCCCAUUCAUAUCAUUUCAUGUGUAUUCGCACCCUUCUCCAGAGCUAUCCGGGCUUCCAGUGCCCCAUCUGCCGUACUUACUCGGAUCUAGAGGCCAGCGUCGCCAUCGAGCCAGAAGAAGUGAUGCAAAAGUAUGGCUUACGAUGCAAGUCCUUUACACCUCCGCCUGAGGCGGCUUUUGAAGCGGGAUAUCAGCAGACCAGCAACACCAAUGCACAACAACAACAACAACAACCGCCAGCUACCGCAUCAUCCACAGCACCAGCAGCAGCCCCAAUAACAUCAUCCAUACCAUCACCUCCGCCAGAAGAACCUCCACAACUAGUACUGUCACUACAGGAGCAACAACAACAACUGUCGAGUGAGCCACCUACCCCUGCGACAUCCAACCAUGGACACGUGUACAAUAACACAUCUCCCGUAGCCGAGCCAGGGUCUUCUGAUGAUGCUGUUGGCCCGUCAACAAGAACAACACCAAAUUCAGGCAUCCUCGUCUCCAAUGGCAGUAGUGUACGAGAUGCAACCGCACGAGAUCGACGCACUGUGUUUGUAUCCGAUGACAUGGACGUGAUAGAAAUACCCCCUGCUCACCAAGAAGAGGAUCCAAUACCCGAAGAGCAACAGCAGCAGCUACCAUCAAUAACACCCCCUCCUACCGACUCCACAACAACAGCCGCAGGUACCACCACGCCAUCAUCUCAAGAACAACAGCAUAGACCCAUUCGGCGUUCGGCACGAGCUCCUGCGUCCACAGCUCAUCCUGAACGCCGUCUAAGUGCAGCGAGUCAUCUCAUGGAGAAGCUGAAAAUGACCUUUUUUGAAAAACGCAAGUCAUCCGCCAUCAUGUCCCGAAACGAGCAGCAACGUGGUCGCAAACGAUCCAAUAAGCCACGCCCCCUAUCCUAUCCUAACUUUCUGAUCCGUCAAUUCAGUCGGGAAGAAGAAGAUGAUGUUGGUGAUGAGAAUACUAGUAACAACAAUGAUCGUGCUGAAGUAGUACAACCUACACCCUCUUCAUCCUCAUCAUCGCCGCCGUCACAUCCUCCUCCUCCACAACCUCUAACGUCGCAACAACAACAACAACAAGCACGUUCUCAAUCUGCUCUGUCAUUUAACAGUUUGUCUCGUCAAUCUACUACCCACUUGUCUGAGAUCCAAGAAGAACCUGAUUCCGUACGUUGUCAGCCAGCUCAUGAACAGCAGCAGCAGCAGCAGCAACAACAACAGCCCAUGGCAGUCGAUACCUAAAGAAUAUCACCAUAUAUCACCCACACAAACAAAC